AUGGAUAUGCUCUCCGAGUCUGCGUCUCGGUUUGGGUCUGAUAAGUAUGCGAAAGGUACCGGCGCACAUUGGCCACCAGCCCCGAGCACGGAAUUUGCGACCGAGCCCAUACCGAUAUUCCGCACGUCGCCCUCGAAGACCGCAAGAUACUAUCCCCAGGUGGAGCUUCACGGCGGACAGCCCCCCGCGUCCUGUCUUUCUCCCGUAUGCACACCACGGGAGCUUCAGCAUACGUUCCGGCGCGAGAACGAUGCCCUGCGGGCGCAAACGUCCGUUAUGAGCUCCCAGAUCGCCGACCUGGCGUUCAAAAACGCCGAAGUAUCGUUGCAAAAUGCGAUGUUGUCAUCGCAGACGGCAGCAAUGUCGGCCCAAAUGUCUGCCAUACUCGCGAGGCUCGAGGCUCUGACCAACUACAGUGGAGAAUGCGGCAGAGACGCCAGCAUCGCCGGCCCCAAGGGCGUGUCGUAG